AUGACCAGGGAUUUUACAGACGUGGAGCAGAAUGUCGCAGUUAUCUUUGAAUGCAUCAUUAUAGCAUUAAUGUCCAUUGUGGGGUCAGUUGGAAAUGCUAUGACCAUCAUAGCAGUUUUGACCAACAGGCGUCUUCAUGAACCUACACAUUACAUGAUCGUCAGCCUAGCUAUAGCAGACUUGAUCCCGUGUCUAAUAAUAGAUUCGAUAUACGUUGUGUCAGCUUGGCAUCGGGAAUGGUUCCUGCCAAACGCAUAUAUCAUCUGCCAGAUCGUCGGUGUACUGUGCGUCUUCUGCCUCGAAGCUUCCAUUACGAAUCUAACCCUGAUAGCGGUCAAUAGAUAUUUCUGUAUUGUAAAAUUCAGGAAAUAUAAGAAAAUAUUUACACCACAACGAACGAUACAUUUCUGUGUGAUGGCAUGGGUUCCCCCAAUCAUAGGCAUCCUGAUCCCGAUUAUCCUCGACGUCAGUGUAUUUGGAUUCAACACUUAUAUGUUAUCAUGUUCCAUAGAAGCGACGGACGUAGGGUGGCGGUACCAGAUAAUUUUACUUCUAACCUACGUACCCAUAGCAAUUAUUGUUAUCAUAUUUUGCUACACGAAUGUUUUUAUAACGGUGAGGGCAAGUCGUCUCCGUAUCGAGCGCCCCAACAUUCCUCAAUGUGUAAGUCUUAGAACCUCUGUAGCAGACAGACAGCAAUACGCUAACGUAUCAGUAACUGAGUUAAAUAGACCGACAAACCACCUUACACCCGAAUUGAUAACAAUGACCAGUGGUCUCUCACAGACUGACGAUGAGGAACAUAAUGUUCAGCGAAAGCUUCCAAGGGAGAAUAACAAUUCGAAGAGCACGUCACGUCAAACAAAAUUGAAUUUAAGAAAUGAAGUAGUUCUAUCUGUUAACUUAUUUAUAAUUUUCAUUAUAUUUGUAGUCUGUUGGCUACCAAUUACAUUGAAUAUGAUUUUUAAUGCAGACUAUUAUGGUCCGGUUGAAGUUUGGCAAGUGGUUAGCAUAUUGGCAUUGGCUAACUCCACUUUCGACCCUAUUGUCUACGUAUGGCGCAGCAAGCACUUUCGACAAUCGUAUAAGCGAAUGUUGAGGUGUUGGCAUACUUAAAAGACACAACAAGUACUAACAACAGGCCCGCCAUCAGAUUUC